UCAAAUUAAUCUGAACCUGAACAGAUUAAUACAUCCAAAAGCAAAAUUAACAAGCUAAGCAAAGCAUCCUAGUUUUCCAAUAAAUCUGCAUCGCUUCGUCAGAGAUCUGUGAGGAAGAAGAAAGCGAAGCGAGAGAGGAAGAACAGAGAGAUCAGAGAUGCUGCUGGAUAGAAACACCAUAGAUUUGUUGUUAGUCCCGGCUGGUUUGGCCGUAAUGUUCGGCUACCAUCUCUUCCUUCUCUACAGAAUCAUCAGACUACCAGAUACCACUGUCAUUGGAUUGGAGAACCACAACAAGCGUGCGUGGGUCGAAAGAUUGAUGCAGAGGAGUCCGGAGGAAACAGGGGUAGCUCUGCAGGUGAUAUCGAGCAGCAUUACGGCGUCCAGCAACCUAGCGUCCCUCUCCAUCGCCCUCAGCUCCCUCAUCGGCACAUGGAUCGGCGGCAGCAGCAGCUCCAAGGCGCUGAUGACCCAAGUGAUCUACGGCGACACCAGCCAAACGACGUCCACCGUCAAGUACGUCUCCCUGCUCGUCUGCUUUCUGGCGGCCUUCACCUGCUUCAUCCACUCAGCGGGGUACUUGGUGCAGGCCAGCUUCAUGAUGAGCACGCUGGAGUCGGAUAUCCCGGUGUACUACGUGCAGGACGCGGUGAUAAAGGGCGGCAACUUCUGGUCGCUCGGGCUGCGGGCGCUGUACGUCUCCACCACGCUGUUGCUGUGGAUCUUUGGGCCGAUUCCCAUGUUUGCGUGCUCGGUCUUCAUGGCGGUGAUGCUGCACUUUCUGGAUACGAAUUCCAAGCCGCUGCAUCAGUUCGGGCACUACGAGAGGAUUAAGGCAACAGGAUACAAAGGGAAAGGGCUGGUGGAGAUGAAGACGAUGAGGCGUAUGAUUGGAGCUGUCAAGGAUGAUAACUCUGUUCCCGUCUUAACGCAACUAAGUUGACGAUUGAGAUCACUGAGAACAGACAGACAGAACAAUUCGAUCAUGUAAUUGGAAUCGACUUCUUCCUUUCAAUUCCUUGUUGUUUGAUGAGAUCAAGGUCAUAUUAUCAAUUUUUAGAAUUUAAAUUUUAUAAUUAUUGGAGGGGCAAGGUGGGCCGGUGAGAUGGGCUUUAGCUUGAGUAUGGCCCAUAUCCCGUCGAAAUUCA